GGGGAUCUUGGCUCAAGCUCUUCAGACAACUACCUCUACCACCAAGAGCCAGCUUCGUCUUCAAAACUCUCAAAUCAGCUUCUCAAACAACACAUCUUCACAAUGUCUUCAAAAUCCACCCUUCCCUACGCAACCCGCGCAAAGUACCACUCCCACCCCGUUGCAAGACUCCUCUUCAGAACCGCCGUAACCAAGAAAUCAAACCUAAUCCUCUCAGCCGACAUGCUAACUACAAAGUCCCUCCUCGACCUCGCAGAUCUCCUCGGCCCCGACAUCGCCGUCUUCAAAACCCACAUCGACAUGAUCUCCGACCUCGCCCCCUCCACAAUCACCUCCCUCAAAGCCCUCGCUACAAAACACGACUUCCUCAUCUUCGAAGACCGGAAGUUCAUCGAUAUCGGAAAGACGGUCCAACACCAGUACCACGGUGGCGCUCUCCACAUCUCCGAGUUCGCACACAUCGUAAACGCCAGUGUGCUCGGCGGCGAAGGGAUAAUCGAUGCGUUGGAACAAGUGAUUCGCUCUCCCGCCUUUCCGUAUAAGGAUGAGCGAAAGUAUACCAGGGCCAGUGUUGCGAUUGCGAGGAAGUAUCGAGAUUCCGUGAUUGGGUUUGUGGCUACGAAGACCCUGAGCGAUGUUUCUGGUACGAGGGACCACGAUGAGGAUUUUGUGGUUUUCACUACGGGUGUGAAUGCCAGUGUUGAGGGAGAUAGUUUGGGACAGCGGUAUCAGACUCCAACACAGGCUGUGAAAGGUGGCUCGGACUUUGUGAUCGUUGGGAGGGGUAUCUAUGCUGCUGAAGAUCCGGUUGAGGCUGCGAAGAUGUAUCAGAAGGAGGCUUGGGAUGCGUAUUUGGUGAGGACGGGUCAGAAGUAA